AACCAAAGCCCAAAGGCGGGUCUUUCUCUAUCACACUUUCACUUCACUCCCCCUCCUUCCCUCUCAGCCUAGGGUUUUAAAGACUGGGGGUUUAGUAUUUUUUUUUUUUUUUUUUUCUUUCAAUUCCAUCCCCCAAUUCCCAAAUCAAAACCCAGAAAACACUUUCUCAUUCAAAACCCAAAAAAAAAAAAAAAAAACACAACAUGGCGUUUUCAAUGUUUUCUACUCCACAGCAACCACAACAACAACAAUCGCUGUUUCAACCUCAAACUCAGUCUUUUCAACAAAGUAGUCCAUUCUUUCCUCAACAACAACAACAACAGCAACAACAACAGCUACAACUGUUUCAACCACAACAGCAGCAGCAACAACAACAGCAACUGUUUCAACCACAGCAGCAACAACAACAACAACAGCAGCAGCAGCAGCAGCAACAGCAACAACAGCAGCGGCAUUUGUUUCUCUUCACUAACGAUAAAACUCCGGCGAAUUAUAGUACCAAGUGGUCGGAUCUCCAUCCUGAGUCCCAGAAAAUUCUCCUCCAGAUCGAGGAGCGGAUAUUGGGGUAUAGAGAUGAGAGCCAGAGGCUAGAUCAAUGUAAUCGUCUUUAUGAUUCUUCGGUUUCCAAUGAUGGGUUUGAACUUGAUGCAAGCCAUAUUGUUCAGGAACUGGGGGGAAUUAGUACUGCCAUGGAACGACAGAAAGCUCUGCUGCAGGAGCUGAUGUCUGUUGUGAAAGAUAUGUUACGGAACACGGAGGUUGCUGUUCGUUCUUUCAUGAUGCUACGCCCAAGGUUCCUUCAUCCAAAUUCUGGAGGUGCUUCAAAUGCCACUGUACCAUCACAAGCUCCAGGAGCAACAGGACCAUCUGGUUCAAGUAGUCAAAUGGCAGCAAACUCUAUAGUGCCAGUUUUUGAUUUCUACAGCGGGGUUCCAAGAAAACCAUCUCCUUUUUUACAGCAGACAGUUUCUAGAUUUGAGAAGUAUCUUGGUGAGUGCCGCCAGUGGGUUGAAGAGUUAGAGCAGCUUCUUCUCUUAGAUUCUGAUAGAAACUCUUCCAAUUUUCGAUCCUCCUUGAUACUGUCUCUUCCAAAAGUCAUGUCAAAUGUGCAUGACUUUUUUGUUCAUGUGGCUGCUAAGGUGGAGAGUAUUCAUCAGUACAUUGAAUCCAUGAAAGCAGCUUAUCUUGCUGACCAGCGCCGUCGAGGGGAUGGGAAUGAUCCGUUCCUUGAGGCUGAUCGGCGUGAAACAGCAAGACAAGAAGCUGCUGCUAAAAGGGUACAUCCAACUUUGAAUUUGCCUGCAAAUUCACAACCAUCGACACAAGUUGCAGGGUUGCUUACAAACUCAGGAACUCAGGGGACAUCAUCAACUGCACAACAGACAUCUGCAGCCACAACAUUUGCUUCUUCUGGGAGUGGGUUGUCACUUUUCGGUACACCUGCUUCUGCCCCUUCUUCUGUGCCAUCUUCUCUGUUUGCAACACCAAGCACUUCUGCUCCGGUAUCCUCUCUAUUUGGAGCAUCUGGUGCUACACCACAGUCAUCACUUUUUGGAUCCUCAUCAGCUUCUUUGUUUGGGUCUGCUUCAACUCCCUCAUUGUUUGGGACUGCUGUUCCAUCCUUUGGUUCAACUCCUCCUCCUGGAGGUUCACUAUUUUCAACACCAUUUGCUUCAGGUGCUGCAACAGGCUCUGGGGCUAGCUUUGGGGCUGCGACGAAAUCAUCAAAGACAAAAUCUCGAACUAAUCGACGGUAGCCACAGUGGCUUUGGGUUAUGAAAUCUGGAGGAAACCUCUUGUAUUUCUGAAGAUAUUAGCAUAUUUUUAUGUUCAGAAGCCUUUUCUUAGCUCUCCACUUUUCGUAAAUGUGGUUUAUUAUGCUGUGGAGUUUGUGUUUCUACAAAGAUUUCUCACUCAGUUGAGGAUCGCAUAUUGAAUGCUUCUGUAUCAUGACAUCCCAAUGCUGUGCUAAUCCCUUGUGUUUCUAAUAUUGUCAGUGAGAUGCUGGGAGAUCCAUGUUACUGUAACAUUGUAGGGUACAAUCUUAGAUAAAAUGUCUGGAUGUGGACUCUCAUGAAAAAGAUGUAGUUCAUUUGUUGAGAUAUUAGAAUGUGUCGAAUAAACUAUUCAUCUGUUGUCUUGCUUUGACUUUGCUGGAUGAGUCCUGUCAAUGCCAAUCAUGUACUUUAAACAGUUUCAGUUGAUAGAACCUCUAUUUGACAUGUAUUCAACACUCACAACUUGUGUA